UCUCCAAUAUCUGCAAUGCAACCUAUUGUCAGAUUCAAUUAUGGGUGUGACUAUACAUUGAAAAUACCUGUUUCUGAUGAUGAUGGUGAUGUUGUACGUUGUCGGUGGUCUACAAAAACUCCUAAUGAUGAAUGCGGUGGUGUUUGUGAAACACUGAGUGGUUCUUAUUUAGAUGAGAGUUCCUGUGUUUUGAGCUACAAUGCAACAAGAUCCAUGGGUUGGUAUGUUGUUGCUUUACAAAUCGAAGACUUCCAAGAGUCUACUGAUACAACUCCUUUCAGCAGUGUUUCUUUGCAGUUUAUGAUCUUCGUUGAUGGUUUAAUCGCACCAUGUGCAUCAAGACCAGUUCUACCACAAAAUCGUUACAGCAAUUAA